CCAUACCUCAGGAGUUUCCGUUUACAGUUCCAAUUCUAGCAGUUUUUUGGACCACCAUGAGGGACAACGCGGAUGGGGAUGUGAAGUACCGUUCGCUUCACCGGAACUCUUCUACUGAAGACGUUUACGACCAAGCAGACGAUGUUGUUCGUCAGGCGUUCGGUAACCAGUUAAAUUUCAGAGCUUCGUGGAUGUUGAUAGUAACCUGGGUGAAUGUGUCAAGUUACUGGUUCCCCAUGGCCAGACAAACGUUUCAAGCAGUUAUAGUGACGGAUGGCAGACGGGCUUAUACCAUCUUCAAUUACAAGGAAAUUGAUUCAACAUCUUCAAGAUUUUAUAUGCAUACCCAGGUUGGUUACAAUGCUGGUGAUGGGGUAGCCUACUACGCUGUGCCAAAAUCAUUGACGGACCAGAUUUACGACAUCGAAGAGAGAACAAAUAUUGGCACUAGAGGGCGCUGGCUUUUUCGUUUAGACACAGAAGUUGUCAUUUGUCCAAACGAUACUAUUGUCUCAUUCAUCGGGGGAAUGCCAGAUGAAGCUGUCAUUUGGUCACCGCUGCCAUCAGCCAUUGACUCUGCGGGAGGUGUCAUUGAUCCAGCAAGUAUCGUUUGUGAAGACCAAGACGGCAAUCCUACGAUGUCUGGUGACAUAUUUCCAGCAGGGAAAACGAGUAUCACAUGUACUACUGAUAUUAAUGAUACUGUACCGUACCAGGGAUAUUGCCAGUUUACGAUCACUUUAAGAGACAUUGAGCCUCCGGUUGUGACGUGUCCGGACAACAUUUAUUCCAGGGCAAGUCGAGUAGUCAACUGGUCAACUAUGCCAACAGCAACCGAUAAUGUUGACGGUAACAUCACCUUUAUUACAUGUAUAGAUCAUAACAACCACCAGGCUGUGUCAGGUUGGGUGUACAGAGUCGGGAUUACUGAGGUGACAUGUACAACACGCGAUUGUGCAUCUAAUCAAGGAAUGUGUACAUUUAACAUCACAACUCUACCAGAACCUCUUACAAUCAACUGUCCUACUGACGUCAUCAUCCCUGUGUUAUCAACCACACCUGACGUAUCUUAUACAUGGAUCCCUCCAGUCUUCUCAGACAAGUCUGCUGGUGUGCGGCUUGUUGGCGGAAGCGUCCCCUCUGACGGUAGAGUUGAAGUAUUCUAUGAGGGCCAAUGGGGCACUGUAUGUGAUGAUUCAUGGGACAUCAAAGACGCAAACGUUGUGUGCAGACAACUUGGCUUCACUGGUGCAACUGAUGCUUGGCGGAGUGCACGCUUUGGACGAGAAACAAGUCAAAUACUCAUGGACAACAUCAACUGCGAUGGAAAUGAGGAACGGCUUCAAGAUUGUGCUUUUCCAGGCUGGGGUGUCCAAAAUUGUUACCAUUCACAAGAUGCUUCAGUGACGUGUGACACAGAUCGGUCCUUUAAUAACUCAUAUCGGUCUGUUGUUGUGGUGUUUGGUUGCCUGGCAACCGUCUCCAAUAAAUGUCAUCAAGAUGGGUACGGAAAUUUCUCAGUUGGAGAUACCGAGGUGAUGUACAAUGGAACAGACAAGUCUGGGAAUCAGAACUUCUGUAACUUCACAGUCACAGUCAAAGAGGUUAAUUUAGUCUGCCCGCUUAACGUGACACUACCAACCGAAGCCGGCUCGGACACAACCAGAGUCAACUGGACAGAACCGGUUCUAACCGGAUGGGACGAGACAAACUUCACAUCGACUGCUCAGUCUGGAGAUGUAUUUCAUAUUGGUUCACAGAGGGUGACGUACCAUCAGAGGUUUGCGUCCAGUCUGAUUUUGACCUGCUCCUUUGAAAUCGUUAUUGUAGAGGUAAAUCUUGUAUGCCCACAAAAUAAGACCAUCUUAAUGCCGCCUGAAAACAACAUAACCAGAGUCAACUGGCUGGAACCGGAACUCACUGGAUGGCACGAGACCAACUUCACAGCGUCUGCCGUUUCUGGAGGUGCAUUUCCCAUUGGUUUACAUGGCGUGACGUACAAGCAGUGGUUUAGAGCUACCAAUCUGGUCUUGAAGUGUUCCUUUGGUAUUCUCGUCAUCGUAAAAGAUACAGAAAGUCCAGAAAUAGAAAACUGUCCUGAUGACGUCAUCCUUCCAACCGGAUCAAACACGCCCAUAGUGCAUACAUGGGUCCCUCCAGUCAUCUCAGAUAAAGUCGAUCAGUCUGUUGAUGUGGAGUUUGGUUGCUCAGCAACCGUCUCCAAUGAAUGUCAUCAAGAUGGAAAUGGAACUUUCUCAGUUGGAGAUACCAAGGUGAUGUACAAUGGAACAGACACGUCUGGGAAUCACAACUUCUGUAACUUCACCGUCACAGUCAGAGAGGUUGAUCUAGUCUGCCCGUUGGAUGUGACAGUCUUGACUGAUCCUGACUCGAGUACAGCCAUAGUCAACUGGCAAGAACCGAAUCUAACCGGAUGGGACGAGACAAACUUUACAUCGACCGCCGUUUCUGGAGAGGCUUUUCCAAUUGGUUCACAGAGUGUGACAUAUCAGCAGUGGUUUGGAAUCAACAAUCUGGUUCUGACAUGCUCUUUUGAAGUUGAUGUUGUUGAUAACGAGCCUCCUGGUAUCAGUGGCUGCCCUGAUGAUGCGAUAAUUCCUGCCGCAUCGACCACCCCGGUACCUCACUCAUGGGUCCCUCCAGUCUUCUCGGAUAACUCCAAUCAGUCUGUUGAUGUGGUGUUUGGUUGCUCAGCAACCGUUACCAAUGAAUGUCAUCAAGAUGGAUACGGAAAUUUCUCAGUUGGAGAUACCGAGGUGAUGUACAAUGGAACAGACACGUCUGGGAAUCACAACUUCUGUAACUUCACCGUCACAGUCAAAGAGGUCGGCCUAACAUGUCCUGUGCUUGAGGUAGUACCAGCCAGUCCUGGCGAAAACUCAUCCAGUGUGUUCUGGAAUGAUCCGGAUGUAACCGGAUGGGGCGGAUCAAACCUCACCUCCACUGCCAAGUCCGGAGAUGUAUUUGAGAUUGGGACAUACAAUGUUACAUACGACCAGUGGUUUGGGGUCAAUAAUCUACAGUUGACAUGUUCUUUUAACUUCAGUGUUGUUGGUCAAUGUGUGAAUGACAAAACCAAUGAUACCCAACAUGGUGACUUGUCAUGGCUGGCCACGAUUGCUGGAACUGAGGCAAAGUCAGUUCAGAGAUGUGAACUUCUAACUAAAAAAGCUGGGCAUCCGAAAGCCACCAGGAAUUGUUCAACAGCUGCGUCUCCCCUGUACUUUUCUUGGGAAGAUCACGUGGUACAAAGCUGUGGCGAACCAGAGGAGACCAUCAGUGUUGAACAAGUCGUGGAGGUCCCUGUCAGUGCAGGAAAUGCAAAAGAAGUGGCUGUGUUUCUGUCUGAGCAGACUUUCUCAUCUUCAGAUUCUAGCGAUGACAACGUCGAAGAUAUUUCAACGAUUUUAGAAAACAUUGUCAAGGCAGAAUCAGGGGAUGUAGAGGUGACCGAGGCUGUUAUUCAGACAGUUGCCAAUGUCAUAACGAAUGUUCAAGAGAGCCAAGGCACCGCGGACAGCACGUCCUCCUCGGCCAUCGUGAAGUCCGUAGAACAACAGGUUUCCCUGACCCUUCAGCAAGGAGGAAAUGUCAGCAUACAACAGGAAACCAUCCAUGUCAAAGCUGUGAGCAUUGACCCCCAGAAAGCAAGUAAUGGAUUCAGCUUUGCGUCAGUACAACAGGAGUCAGCUGGCUCGAGGUCACCACAAGAGGGCUCUCUAGAUGGCACUGAGGUCAAGACAUUCACGAAUGCCAGCGAAGUACCAAAGGAUGUUGUUGCAUCGAUUCAGUUACCAGCGAGCAUUCUUGACCAUUUGCCGCCAGCCUUUGCUAACGCGUCAUUGAAGAUUAGUUUCAUAGUCUACGCUGAUGACACGUUGUUCCAAACGGGCGUUAAGAACUUGACAUCAAAGGUCGCUGGGUCCGUCGUUUCACUGGCAGUGGAAGGUGUCGAGCUAAAAAACCUAACUGAUCCAGUGGUUAUAGACUUCAAGACACCAACCAAUGCAUCUGAGGAGGAUUUGGACACCAUCCAAUGUACAUUCUGGGAGUUUGGUAGCGAAGAGGAUGAAGCUGGUUCUUGGUCAACUGAUGGGUGCAAACGAGCAGACACACCCACUGAUAAAGUCUCCUGUGAAUGUGACCACGCCACUAACUUUGCCAUCCUCAUGGAUGUGAAGGGUCAGAAACGUACAGAUGAUGGUCUCUCAUUCACCCCAGCACUUGAUCUCAUCAGCCAAAUAGGAGGUGCUCUAUCGGUCAUUGCUCUGUCUCUUACCCUGGUAAUAUACCUCUCCAUAAGGAAACUGCGAACCGGCAAAUCUCGUCAAAUUUUCAUCCAUUUCUGCUUCUCCUUGCUACUGCUCUACCUCGUGUUCCUGGCUGGUGUGGACAAUGCUAGAGGCUCUGGAGGAGGGUGUGUAUUUGUGGGUGCUCUGCUUCACUACUUGACUCUGACCACCAUGAUGUGGAUGGCUGUUGAAGCCAGGAAUAUGUACGUCAGCACCGUUAAGGUGUUCCCUGAGGACACUCCCCUGUACAUGGUCAAAGCUGGACUCCUUGCUUGGGGAUCUCCUUUCAUCCUACUGAUAAUAACACUAUCAGCAGCGACAGACUCCUACCGGAAUGAACAUUAUUGCUUCAUCUCUCCUGGUCUGGCCAUGUACCUCGGUCUCCUCACCCCAAUCGCUCUCAUCCUCCUCCACAAUGUCAUCACUUUCAUCCUGGUCAUGCGCAGUCUCCUCAAGGUCAAAGAGGCAUCUCGGUCAGAGCAAAUAACCAAACGCCUCCAGAAUGCUGUGGGAAUCUCAGCCCUCAUGGGCUUAACUUGGUGCUUUGGGUUUCUGGCCAUUGAAGGGGCAACUUUUGCCUUCCAGCUCCUCUUCUGUCUGUUUAACUCCUUGCAGGGUGUGCUUGUGGGUGUCAUGUUCUGUGCCCGACGUGAAGAGGUUCGAGUGGCAAUUGCCCCCUACCUGAGGCGUAUCUGCUGUGGGCGUGAAUGCCGAUUGCCCAUCCAUCGCGAUGAGAAGCCUACUAGUCUAACAACAUCUCAGACUGCACCUAAUACCAUGUCUACCGCUCCAACCACUAACUUAGACAUAUCGGUAUCUGCAUCACCUCGUGAGGCAGAGACGGAGAUACGCUAAGUAGAGACAGACAUUUGCUAAGUACAUGUAGAGACGGAGAUACCUUAAGCAGAGAUAGAGAUAUGCUAAGCAGAGACAAACAUACGCUAUAAAAGUAGAGACGGAAAUACGCUAAGUAGAGACGGAGAGACGCUAAGCAGAGAUGAAGAUACAUAGUGCAGAUUGAGAUAUGCUAAGUAGAGACAAGGAUACGCCAAGCAAAGGCAGGGAGACGCCAAGAACAGACGGGGAUACGCUAAGCAGAGACGGAGAUACGCUAACUACAGACAGAGAUGCGCUAAGUACAGAUGCAGAUUAUGCCAAGUAAAGACGGAGAUACACUAACUAGAGGUUGAGAUGCGCUUAGUAGAGACAGAGAUACGCUGAGCAGAGAUAGACAUACAGUGUACGCUAAUUACAGACUUACAUGCUAAGCAGAGACGUAGAUUUGCUAUUUUAGUAUAACCCUUCUUGGUUCAUCUCAUAGACAUCACUACUCAGAUAUGAGAUGUUCUACCACGUGGUGUUACCACAAGUGCAUCUCAAACUACUGGUUCCUCUUGGAGCCACCACUACUUACAUGAUAAUGAGAUCUUCAACCACGUGAUGUUGUUGUUUACAAAUGUUCAUGCUUGGAAAUGUUUUGAUCAGUGUACAGUGAAAUGGUGUAGUAAAAUAAUUCUUGAUGGGUAUCAGAAAUGAACCCUCUUCAGCUUUAUCAUCCAACAUAAGAAGAUAUAUUCAGUCAAUUAAUGUA